AAAAUCCAUUACACAUUUUGGCAGUCCUUGAAAAAUAAGCCUAUUUACAGAGGAGACACCAGUUUUCUACUUUUGAUCAUCAACGAGAUUGAACUGGAAGAAACUAAACUUGAACAGGAUUUUCCAUAAUUUCCAGUAGUUGAUUGUAGGAGACGUUGACAGCACUUUGAAGAUAAAAAUGGCCGCCUUUGUAGCGAAACAGAUGAUGGGCAAUAAGCUCAAUGCUGUAAAAGGUCAAAUAGGUGGAGAAAGCGAAAACCAAGAGGACAAAAAUGAGGCCGAGCAGGCUGAACAGGAGCGUCUGGAAGCACUUCGGGAAGCAGAAGAAAGGAGAAAAGAAAAACACAGAAAAAUGGAAGAGGAAAGAGAAAAAAUGAGGCAGGAUAUCAGAGACAAGUACGGGAUCAAGAAGAAAGAAGAAAAAGAAGCAGAAAUGAACCAAGCCAUUGCAGCCAGCAGCCUCAACAGAAGAAAGAAGACCCCGGCAGAACUUGCUGCAGAGCAGGAAGCCGAGGAACAGGACGAUUUCACUAAACUGAAGAAUACGUUGGAAACGCAAGUAAAUGAACUGAAGACCACCAUUGAAGGAAAAUGUGUGCUACAAUGAGGGCGCCACUGUGCUAUGCAAUGUCCGACUGUUCUGUUGAUGCCUGUAGUGUUGCAUGCAAAUCAACCACCAUAGCUCCUGCCUUCACACAAUCUUUGGUUGAAUACAGCCUUCUGGUGCUUGGGGAGAAACAGCUACUGAAACCGUUCAAUACCGCAGUUCCCCUCACAGAAUAUCAAUUUCGUCAGCAGUAUUCUGUUAAUUGAAUUUUUUGUAUUUUCUGUUAUCCAUUACGCUAAAUUAAACGCAUCGGGAGAAUACAAACGUUUACUUAAUUUGUUAUAAGGCCCAGAAAAUUUAGGCUUAAGCACAGAGAAAAAUUUGAUUUGAUCUGUUUUAUCGAAUGUAAGCAAUCAAUGUAUUUCAAUUUCGAUUUUAUUUUUACAAACUGUGUAGAAUUUUAGUAGGUUGUAAAACUUUUUUUAUGUAUAUUUGUUUUAUCAACUUAAGAUUCUUUUGAGUGUGCAAAUGACUUAUAUUACAAUAUUUCAUUUCCUUUUAUCUAACAAAAACAAACAUCAAGUAAAUAAUUUAAAUAAUAUCUUAAGUCUACGAUUUUCUGGUAAUUUGUAAUAAAGGUAUCAGCCGCUAGCUCCCUCAAGCUCCAUCUGGCGGACAUAUUGAUCAGCAAGCCUUCUCCGAGUGAGGGUUACCCAAACAACGAAUUUUUCUAGUGUUAAUUCAAGAACUGUGAGCACUUUCUUCAUGUGACUGUAAAGAAACAAGUGCCACUCUUACUAAACAGCGGACUUUUCAGGAAUUAUUAUAGAGCUCUCCCGCAGUCUGAUGCUAAGUUCAAGAAACUAAUGGGGUAGAAUGAUAUAGUCAUGUAAAAUCAGCCAUUCUAAAAUGAUGAAAGGGAAACUUUUUCAUAUUUCUUAUAUUCAAUUUGUUUUGCUUUUCUACAAUUUGAGUGCUUUCUCUAUAAAUUUUUCUAACAUUUUUCAGCUAAAGGAAACUAUUGUUGUAAUCAUAGGAAGAUGAAAUGUGACCAUUCAUUUAUUUUUCUUAUGUAAACACGCUACAUCACGUUUUGUUUUAACUUAAGUUUAGAUAUUCAUUAUACUUUUAGAGUACUAAAUACAUAUUUGUUAAUGUUAAUAGCUUCUAUUGUUAAUAUAACCUUUUUAGCAUUAUGUUAAUAAUGUACCAUGAAGGAUUGUCUGCAGUUUGCCUUAUUCAUUGGAGUGGAGAUUUCGUCAUUUUCUCCACACUCUAGCUUUUGAAUGUAGUGAAUGUGUAGUCUUCUGUAUUUAUCGUUGUGAAAUAUUGUAACAUCGCAGGCUAAAAAUAUUUCAGUAAGCUAAUAGAAAUAACCACGUGAUUCCUAUAUCUCCUUAUUAGCCUGUGAAGAAAACAAAUGAUUGGCAUUAAUCGUUAUUGAAUGUAAGAGUAAGUAGUAUUUCCCUAAAAGAUAAUAAUAAUAAUAAUUCAAAAAGGACAAGAGUUUCUUUAUCAAUGAUACAAGUUUUGUUAUGUAAUUAGCUAAUCCUUUACUUAUUUUAAUUUCUAACGAAGUCUCUACAGUUAUUUUUGGUAGUUUUCAUCGCCAUUCUAUUUCCUCUUCAAGCUCUUCUCUUUACAUAGCAGCCAUAUAUCUGUUUCUAGUUGACUAUUUCAACUAUUUGUAUAAAUUUCUACAACUUUUAUUCGUGUUUCGUGUUUAGUCACACAAGACGUUUCUGAUUAUGAACUUGAUUUUAUGUAUUACGUUUUUCGGGAUCGCUAAAGGUGAUCAUUUAUGAAACUUGCUUUUUUUAAAGAUUGUAAUUUUUUACAUUUUGAAGUUGUGAAUUUUGACGAAAACGAAACGAGAGGUCUACCCUAUACUUGGAUUCAUCACUUGUUACUGCGAUAGAUCGGUUUCGGGAAAUUCCACCAUUUCAGUUUCUCCGGACAAAGAGUGACCAAAGAAAAGGCCUAGGCCCCAUGUAGUGGUGUCCUACAGCCCAUGAGUAUAGUGUUCGAUUUUUUUCCCUCUUUUAUUAACAAAAUUGGAAAUUUUAGCGUAAAAGAAACGUCAAUCCCAAACUUAUCUCGGACUUGCCACAAGUCAUUGGAUUAUUCUUCUUCUGGGAUUUUCUUCUUUCAACAGUAAUCCUGGAUAGGAGAAAACCAAAAAUCAAGACCUAGUAUUAUGUAGGUUAUUUACAAUAUGUAAAAGACAAUUCAAACGCCAUAUCUAACGUUAUGUUCUUGAACAUUUCUAUCACAUUUUCUCACCUUGAGAAUUAGUAUUGAAAAACAAGUAAAAUAAUUCAUUUUAGAAUUAUAAGUUUUCUUUGAUAAAUACUUAUGGUUUAAAUAGCAUAUCAAACUUAUGUUAUUUUUUUCAGAAUCUCAAAUCUGCUUGAUCUCUUCAUUUCGAACUUAGUUUUACAUUCUCCAAAUCAU